AUGUCAGUUUACGAGGCCGCAAAGCUGGCAAACACGCUAGGGUUCGCCCUCAUGCCGGUGGCCACCGUGCCGACGGUCGGCUCCACGGCGAGUUUAGUCCCAAUCGUAGGCACCGUGCUGGACCUGGCGAACUGCGUGUUGUCCUCAGCAUGGCAGCCGGACCUGAAAAUGGCUCUUUCGCUAGUGCUCCGGGCGUUUCUGGACGCCUAUCUGCUGUUCCUGUGGAUCCAACAGUCGCGGCUAAAGAGCCCAAUAUCCGCCGCGAGACCCAGUUGUCUGCCCCGUCAAAACCGCUUCUUCUUCACGCCCAGCUCAAUUCCCGCCAAUAGGGCAGAAACAAUAGACCACCUGCCACUCUGCAACAACGACAGCAACCUUGUGAUAUCUGGAAGUUACCCUCCAAAACACAAACCGCAAACAGCGCCUGUCCUGGCCGCGCUUCUGGCCGUGUCGCCUGUGCCAUCAAAUGCAAGCCCACUAAAUUACAGCCUGCAAAACUCACCGCCCAUACCUGCCGGAACACCCGCGCUAAUCGGCAUGGUGCUCGUAGUGGCCACCAAGCUAGCAGAGUGCUACAGCACGUACUUCUGCGGCAGGAAACCGUACCAGAAUGUUGGAGAGACGGUAGCUGUGCUCGUUGUUAUGACAACACAUUGGGGGUUUGGUUAUUUAUUCGAUUCUGUAGCACUGCUCGCUGUGGUGCAGGCCCUCAACAUCGUCGCCGUGUUGGGGUUGUUUUUCGUGCCAAAACGGAAUCACGGCGCCCUUGCCAAGGCCCAAUACGGAUCAUUGGACAUGUCCGACUCACAGGCAAGUCUGUACGACUCUUUCGGCAUAUCCUCCAUCGACAAAGACCAAACGGUGCACACGGUUGAGCAGCUCUGA